GCACUUGCGCACGCUCAGCUCACCUCUCCGCGUAGUAAAGCUCUCCACGCCGCCACUCCGUCACCAGCCGCGGGACUGGUGGUCCGAGGGCCGUCGCUGAGGCUCCACCGGCACCGAGACAAACGAACACGGUACCGAACACACACCACCACCCCGCUCCACUCCUCUCAACCCUCCUCCUCCUCUCGGUGUUGUUGCGCUUCUGCUGCAGCGUCCAAGUUCAGGUGAGCCUCGUCACCGGCACAACAAGUCCUCUCUCCGGUACUGGGAUGCUUGCUCAUUCCCGUUAAAUGUGAUGUUCUAAAUGGGCCGCGCAGGAUGUGAAGCCUCGCUAGAAGAAGCAGGAGGAUGGCUAGACCAGGCUUGUCUGCGGCGGUGCUGCUGCUCCUUCUGGGCUUCCUCUCGGUGUCCUCCGUUCACGCUGACACCCUGCUGUCAGCUCCACUCAAUGUGACCAUCAGAGAGAUUGAGGGAAACUCCGCCAUUGUCACGUGGGAAAUCUUGGAGGGGGACCCCGUCAUUGGAUUCGCCAUCACUCAACAGAAGAAGGAUGUACGCAUGUUGAGGUUCAUCCAGGAAGUCAACACCACCACGCGCUCCUGUGCAUUGUGGGAUCUGGAUGAGGACACGGAGUACAUCGUUCACGUUCAGAGCAUCAGCAUGGGAGGCAGCAGCCCCGCCAGCGAGCCAGUCCUCUUCAGAACGCCCAAAGAGUCGGAGAAGAUGGCGUCCAAGAGCCCAGGGGUGAUUGUCCUGUUUUGUCGUCAGUAUGACAUCAUCAAAGACAACGAGCCCAACAACAACAAGGACAAAGCCAAGAACUCCUCAGAGUGCAGUACUCCAGAGCACCCACAGGGGGGGCUACUGCGCAGCAACGUUUAAGACCAGCCUUGCAUAGCCUUGUGCAAUAACCAACUCCUCGAACCUCAGGACAGAGCCUGAGACCAACAGAAAGCCAUUCUCAGACACCAUUGUACUGAAGAACCGAUAAACCAGUACAGGAACUCUUCUCUACACAAUGAAGAACUCUUUAAAAACAAUGGACACAAAUCUGAACUUGCAGAAUCAAUGGCUUCAAACAGUCAACCAGGAACCAGAAGAGGACAAACCUACUUUUACCUUUGUUGUGACCAAAACUGGACUGUAGCCAAAUAAUACACAAGACACAAAAUGGCUGUCAGUCAAAGCAUGGGAGGGGACGUUGUAUCCUCUUGACAAGAACUGCUUGAUUCAUACGUUCUGGUUACUCUUCAUCAGUAGCAUCGAAUCCCGAGAGCGGAUCAUCAGACUUUUUUUUUUUUUUUUUCAACUUCAGGUUUGUAUCACUGGUCAGAGAAAGCAGAAAUGUAAGUUGCUUCGCAAGAAUAGCUGGUCCUUCAGGUCCAGGAAUUAGUCAGCACACAACUAAACAAGCUAAGCUCUGUUUUAAACAAAGGACUUUCUCUUUUUCUAUCUCUCCAUCCACAUUCCCUCCUUUCUGUCUUUAUUACAGCCCUUUCUGUAGCAGCUCAUCUCUCUCCCUAUCUAUCUGUGUCGGUGUCUCUCUAAUAAGCACAUUGACGUUUGGUGCUCCUCCUAUUGUGAUUGUUUGAGCCCUCACAAUCCCAGUGUUGAUUACAGUAUCAUUUUGUUAUUGGGUUAGAAAUAUUGCACGUUGAGUCUUAUCUCCUGCCUUUCUCUCUUUGUGUCAUCAGUUAAAUAAUGCAUCUGUUAUUCUCUCCUUUCUGAACUGGAACCUUAAAGCCCUUGUCAGUUCGGGGAUAAAAUAUGACAAUAUUACUUUUUUUUCCAGCGCACCAUAUUUUCCUUAUAUGAGUUGGAUGACAAAUAAAUACAGCCAUGACUCAGAAAAAGUUCCACCGAUUGACCAGGCAAGCUCUCAUCACCGUGGCG